AUGGUCGCCGAAAAGAUUGACGGAACGGCCAUUGCCAAGCGCAUCCGCGAACGUAUCAACAAAGAUAUCGCGGAGAAGCAGAAGGUCAAUCCUAGAUUCAAGCCGUCAUUGACUAUUAUCCAAGUUGGCGACAGAUCAGACUCGAGCACCUAUGUGCGCAUGAAGUUGAAGGCUGCCGAGGAGGCCAAUAUCAUCUGCGAUCUCGUCAAACUGCCAGGUGACAUUACCGAGGCCCAGCUCCUCGAGAAACUCGACGAUAUCAACGCCGACCCCUCCAUCCAUGGUGUCCUCGUCCAGCUUCCUCUGCCAAAGCACAUCUCCGAGGCUGCCGUCACUGCUGCCGUGGCCCAGUCCAAGGAUGUCGACGGUUUCGGCGCGAUCAACAUUGGAGAACUUGCGAAGCGUGGUGGAAAGCCGCUGUUCACGCCUUGCACGCCCAAGGGUGUGAUGGUCCUGUUGGAGGAGUCCGGUGUUGACCCUAGUGGAAAGACUGCCGUAGUCAUCGGAAGAAGCGACAUUGUCGGAUCGCCGGUGUCGUACCUCUUGAAGAACGCCGACGCUACCGUCACCGUGUGCCACUCGCGCACCAAGAACCUCCCCGAGAUCGUCAAGACCGCCGAUAUCGUGGUUUCUGCGAUUGGAAAGGCUCACUUUGUCCAGGGAGAUUGGCUGAAGCCGGGUGCCGUGGUCAUUGAUGUUGGAACUAACUACAUCAAGGAUGAGACCCGCAAGUCGGGAGAGCGUUUGGUCGGAGACGUCCACUACGAGUCUGCCAAGAAUGUUGCAUCGCUCAUCACGCCUGUUCCUGGAGGAGUUGGCCCGAUGACUGUGGCUAUGCUGUUGGAGAACGUGAUUGCAUCUGCCAACCGCCACUACGAGGCGACCGCACACAGAAGUAUCACGCCUCUUCCCCUCAAGUGCCUGACGCCGGUUCCCAGCGAUAUUGCCAUCUCCAGGGCCCAGCACCCCAAGAACAUCAAGGUCAUUGCUCAGGAAUUGGGCAUCACCGAGAAGGAGUUGGAGCUGUUUGGAGCCUACAAGGCCAAGGUCCACCUUGAUAUUCUGAAGCGAUUGGAGCACAGGAAGGACGGAAAGUACGUGCUUGUGGCUGGUAUUACGCCCACUCCUCUCGGAGAAGGUAAGUCUACGACCACUAUGGGUCUCACCCAAGCGCUCGGCGCCCACCUCGGAAAGAUUGCGUUCGCAAACGUCCGACAACCCUCGCAGGGCCCAACAUUCGGUAUCAAGGGUGGUGCCGCCGGAGGUGGUUACAGUCAGGUCAUACCUAUGGACGAGUUCAACUUGCAUUUGACCGGUGAUAUCCACGCCAUCACUGCCGCAAACAAUCUGCUCGCCGCUGCCAUUGACACCAGGCUGUUCCACGAGGCUACUCAGAAGGACAAGGCCCUCUACAGCCGAUUGGUGCCCAAGAAGAACGGCGUGCGCACGUUCGCCCCCGUCCUGCUCCGCCGGCUGAAGAAGCUCGGAAUUGACAAGACCGACCCCGAUACCCUCACCGAUGAGGAGAUCAACCGCUUUGCCCGCCUGGACAUUGACCCCGAGACUAUCACCUGGCGACGAGUACUGGACGUCAACGACCGUCACCUUCGGCAGGUGACAAUCGGACAGGCACCCACUGAGAAGGGUCACACCCGUGUCACUGGUUUCGACAUCUCCGUCGCUAGCGAGUGCAUGGCUGUCCUGGCUCUGUCCAACAGCUUGGAGGAUAUGCGUGAGCGUCUCGGACGCAUGGUCAUUGGUACCGGCAAGCGGGGAGACCCCAUUACCUGCGACGACAUUGGCGCCGGUGGUGCGUUGACUGCCUUGAUGAAGGACGCCAUCAAGCCUAACAUCAUGCAGACCUUGGAGGGAACCCCGGUCUUUGUCCACGCCGGCCCCUUCGCCAACAUCAGUAUCGGCGCCUCGUCGGUCCUGGCCGACAAGAUUGCUCUCAAGCUCGCCGGUACUGAGGUUGAGGAGAACGCCGAUGAGAAGGCCGGUUACGUCGUUACCGAAGCUGGCUUCGAUUUCACCAUGGGUGGUGAGCGUUUCUUCAACAUCAAGUGCCGUUCCAGCGGACUCGUCCCCGACUGUGUUGUGAUCGUGGCCACCGUCCGCGCUCUGAAGGUCCACGGAGGAGGACCCCCGGUUUCCGCCGGUACCCAGCUCCCCGAGGAAUACAGAACUGAGAACGUCGACCUGCUCCGCAAGGGCUGUGUCAACCUGGCCAAGCACAUCCAGAACGCCAAGUUCUACGGCGUCCCCGUCGUCGUGGCGGUCAACCAGUUCUCGACCGACACCGACGCUGAGAUCCAGUGCAUCCGCGAGGAGGCCAUCAAGGCCGGUGCUGAGGAUGCCAUCUCCGCCAACCACUGGGCUGAGGGAGGAGCGGGCGCUAUCGACCUCGCCAAGGGCGUCAUCGAGGCCUGCAAGCACCCCAAGGACUUCAAGCUCCUCUACGACGCCGACUUGUCCAUCGAGGGCAAGAUGGAGGCCAUCGCCAAGGUUAUGUACGGCGCUGCCGGCAUCGAGCUCAGCGACAACGCCAGGUCCCAGAUCGAGACCUACACUGCCCAGGGCUUCGGACAUCUCCCUGUCUGCAUCGCCAAGACGCAAUACUCGCUCUCGCACGACCCCAACCUCAAGGGCGCGCCAACCGGCUUCACCGUCCCCAUCCGCGACGUGCGACUCUCUCCCGGCGCCGGAUACCUCUACGCCAAGGCGGCAGAUAUCCAGACCAUCCCUGGUCUUCCUACUGCCCCGGGAUACCUCAACGUCGAUGUUGACCCAGUGACGGGCGAGAUCGAGGGCUUAUUUUGA